UUGCUUAACUUGACGCGAGAUGAUGCUGUGUCCUCCAGCAGCCAGCGUAGACAGUAAUGUUGUCUGGAUAUAUAAAAGCGGAUAGAGAUAUGUUUUGCCUUUAACACGCCUUAUUAUUAUUUUUUUAUUGUAUACGCGUAUCAUACAACAUCUGUACGUGGCUUACAUCGUAGUGUCAACACAAAUGGAAACGCCUUGACGGUUUUGUUUGUCCUCUCAUCGCUGCCACAGUAGAGAACUACUGUAGAAAUUGCAUUAUUUAGAUUAUUUAAAAAAAUAAUUAUAUAUAUAUUUAUAUAUAUAUCUUCGCUGUGGCUGAGUCUCCUACUCAACUAAAAACGCAUGUCGCCGUGACGAAUCCCGACUGAAGUGGAGAUAAACGUGGACACAGACGGACGACACACGGACAAAGUGACCGGCCUCAGACUGUGUGGUUGCUUGGCUCUACAGUACCUGGAGUAAUUCCCCUGCCAAUGAUGGAUAAUGCUCACACUAAGACGGUGGAGGAGGUUCUGGGCUUCUUCUAUGUCAACGAGUCCACAGGCUUGAGCUGCGAGCAGCUGAAGAAGAACAGGGAGAGAUGGGGACCCAAUGAACUACCUGCAGAAGAAGGCAAAUCCCUGUGGGAGCUGGUCCUGGAGCAGUUUGAGGACCUGUUGGUUCGAAUCCUGCUGCUGGCUGCGUGCAUUUCCUUUAUUCUGGCUUGGUUUGAAGAAGGAGAGGGAACAAUCACAGCCUUUGUUGAGCCGAUCGUCAUCCUCCUCAUCCUCAUCGCCAACGCUAUUGUAGGAGUGUGGCAGGAGCGUAACGCAGAGAACGCCAUCGAGGCUCUGAAGGAGUACGAGCCAGAGAUGGGCAAAGUCUACAGACAGGACAAGAAGAGUGUCCAGAGAGUGAGAGCGCGGGACAUCGUCCCUGGAGACAUUGUAGAAGUCGCAGUGGGUGACAAGGUCCCAGCUGACAUCAGGCUGACGUCCAUCUGCUCCACCACUCUGAGAGUGGACCAGUCCAUCCUGACGGGGGAGUCCGUGUCAGUGCUCAAACACACGGACCCGGUCCCGGACCCACGAGCCGUCAACCAGGACAAGAAGAACAUGCUCUUCUCUGGAACCAACAUCGCAGCAGGGCGAGCCAUCGGGGUCGUCGUGGCAACAGGAGUGCAGACAGAGAUCGGGAAAAUCCGAGAUGAGAUGGCCUCCACUGAUCCCGAGAGGACGCCACUGCAGCAGAAGCUCGACCAGUUUGGAGAGCAGCUGUCAAAGGUUAUCAGUGUGAUCUGUGUGGCAGUGUGGGCCAUCAACGUGGGUCACUUCAACGACCCGGUGCACGGAGGCAGCUGGCUGAGAGGAGCGGUUUACUACUUCAAGAUUGCUGUCGCUCUGGCCGUGGCCGCCAUCCCAGAGGGUCUCCCGGCGGUCAUCACCACCUGCCUGGCGCUGGGCACCAGGAGAAUGGCCAGGAAGAACGCCAUCGUCCGCAGCCUGCCGUCAGUGGAGACGCUGGGCUGUACGUCUGUCAUCUGCUCCGACAAAACGGGAACCCUGACCACCAACCAGAUGUCCGUCUGCAGGAUGUUUGUGGUGGACAGUGUGUCAGGAGAUCGCUGCAGCCUGAGCGAAUUCACAGUGACUGGAUCUACUUACGCCCCUGAAGGGGAAGUCUACAAGGACGGCUCCGGGGUGAAGUGCAGUCGGUAUGAAGGCCUGGUGGAGUUGGCCUCCAUCUGUGCGCUGUGCAACGACUCGUCACUGGACUUCAACGAAGCAAAGGGAGUGUAUGAGAAGGUUGGGGAGGCAACAGAGACUGCCCUCUGCUGUCUGGUGGAGAAAAUGAACGUGUUUGACACAGACCUGAGACGACUGAGCCCUACGGAGAGAGCUACGGCCUGCUGCUCUGUGAUUAAGCAGCUGAUGAGGAAGGAGAUCACGCUGGAGUUCUCCAGAGACAGGAAGUCCAUGUCCGUCUUCUGCUCGUCCAAUAAACUCACCAGGUCCACUUCUGGAAACAAGAUGUUUGUUAAGGGAGCUCCAGAGAGCGUGCUGGAGCGCUGCACUCACAUCCGGGUCAGCGGCUCUGCCCGCGUGCCUUUGAGACCCGCGGUUCGAGAGCAGCUCCUGACCACUGUGAGGGAGUGGGGGUCGGGACGGGACACGCUGCGUUGCCUCGCCAUGGCAACCAGGGACACGCCGCCGGACAUCCAUUCUCUCAACCUGGAGAACACGGCCGCCUUCGCUGAAUAUGAGUCGGACUUGACCUUUGUGGGCUGUGUGGGCAUGUUGGACCCCCCCAGGAAAGAGGUGCUUGGCGCAGUCCGAAUGUGUCGGCAGGCUGGCAUACGAGUCAUCAUGAUCACAGGUGACAACAAAGGGACGGCCCUGUCCAUCUGUCGGAGGGUGGGGAUCAUCACAGAGCAGGAGGAGGAGCAGGAGGGCGCCGGGGUCAACGGAGGCCUGACGGGCCGGGAGUUUGACGAGCUGCCCCCUCACCUGCAGCGGCAGGCCUGCCGCACGGUACGCUGCUUUGCGCGUGUGGAGCCGGCGCACAAGAGCCGUAUAGUGGAAUAUCUGCAGAGCCUGAGUGACAUCACUGCCAUGACAGGUGACGGCGUGAACGACGCACCGGCACUGAAAAAGGCCGAGAUCGGCAUCGCCAUGGGUAGCGGCACGGCGGUGGCGAAGUCGGCCUCCGAGAUGAUCCUCGCCGACGACAACUUCUCCACCAUCGUGGCGGCUGUGGAGGAAGGCCGAGCCAUUUACAACAACAUGAAGCAGUUCAUCAGAUACUUGAUAUCCUCCAACAUAGGAGAGGUGGUCUGUAUUUUCCUGACCGCCGCCCUCGGCAUGCCUGAAGCGCUGAUACCAGUCCAGCUGUUAUGGGUCAACCUGGUUACUGACGGUUUCCCAGCAACAGCCCUGGGCUUCAACCCUCCCGACCUGGACAUCAUGUCUCGUCCUCCUCGCUCCCCCAAAGAGCCGCUCAUCUCCAGCUGGUUGUUCUGUCGCUACCUCAUCAUCGGAUGUUACGUGGGAGCAGCCACAGUUGGAGCUGCUGCCUGGUGGUUCAUGGCGGCUCAUGAUGGUCCUAAACUUUCCUUCUAUCAGCUGUCCCACUACCUACAGUGCAGUGAAGGCCACAUGGAGUUUGCAGGAGUGCAGUGUUCGGUCUUUGAGUCGCCGUUUCCCAUGACGAUGGCUCUGUCUGUCUUGGUCACCAUAGAGAUGUGCAACGCCUUGAACAGUCUUUCAGAAAAUCAGUCCCUGCUGAAAAUGCCUCCCUGGUCAAACCCAUGGCUGGUUGGCGCCAUCUGUCUGUCCAUGGCCUUACACUUCCUCAUUCUUUAUGUUGACCCACUGCCGAUGAUAUUCCAGAUCCGCCCUCUGUCGUGGCCUCAGUGGGUGGUGGUUUUGAAGAUGUCACUUCCUGUCAUCUUCAUGGACGAGGCCUUGAAGUUCCUGGCCCGCAACUACAUCGAGCCCGGAAACCAGAUAUUGGAGGAGGAGGAGGAUGAGGAGGAGGAGCAGAGAGCAAGGGCUAGUGGGGGACUUGUUAGCGGCGUGAUGAGGAAGCUACGCCAGUGCCUGAAGGGCGUGUCCUGGUCAUUUGUGAUGAUCUCCGCGCCGCUGGUCUCCUGGAUCUUCAGCCUGGACUCUGACAUCACUAACAUCUUCUGGGAGUGAUGGAAGACAGAGGGGUACAGGGGGACUGUGAGAGGGCAGGUUGAAAGUUUGGUGGAAGACGUUUUCGGGAAGCGAGAGGCAAGGUGGAAGUUUGAUAAACACUCAAGAUUUGAGAAGGUAAGAAGAGAGUUUUCUAGAAAAGUAGACAAUCGGGAAAGUGUCACGAAAAGGUGCUUUGUCUAGCUAAUUAUCGAAAAGUUUAUUCCACAUGUCGACUCCCCAUGUUUUUUGCCGCGGGCAUGCUAACGUUUGCUGGCGCUUGCGUCUACCACCUCUUUUUCAUAUUAGCAUAGCAUGCUAACCUACUAAUUUUUAUUACAUUUUCAAGAUUCUGUGCUUACAUGAUGGACAUUAGAAAGUUAGCAUGCUAGCGUUAAUCAGCUUGUUGUUUCCGCCGUAACCUUUCUGUUGGCAUGUGUACUUUACUCAUUACUGUAACUUCUGGACUGUUUGUGGUAGCGAAAAAAUUAAAAAAUAAAAAUUACAGGGAAG